CAUGAAGGCGUUUACAAUACAUAACUUUGCUCUUCUUUUUCUGAGUUUUGGUUUAAUUACAGUUCAUUCAGACAGUUUUAGUCUGAAAGUUGAAUCUCCAGCUCAAAUUUUGGAAGAUAGUAGUAGUUACAACCUUUAUUUCCAACAAAUCACUGGAACUCCUACUUGCAGCUAUACACUUACAAAACCAGAUGGAACCAUUUUACUACAAUCCUCAAAAUCAGUAAAUUCUGCACUUGUAUAUGAAAAUUUCCAAGGCAGUUUGUUUUCAGGAACAACUGAGAAUUAUGUACUGACCUACACUUAUUCAUGUACCAGUGGAGGGACUACACUUGAAUUUGAAGUUAGAGGAUAUGUUUAUUCACGUGAACAAUAUGGUAGUGGUAAUCUACCUAUGGGCUAUGGUAUUGAAAUUGAGAUGUCAACUGAGCAAACUUCACCAAUUAGAGUCAGAAUUCAAGGUGGUAGUGGUGGUGGCUCAUGCAGCAUAACUCGACCAGACACUUCUAUAGCUACAGUAGAUAAUGUUGGACCACUUUCAAUUGGGCAAGAUUCAUUGGAUAUUACAGUUACUAAAACUGGUUCCCAAGAGUCCUUUUUCAUAGCUGCAAGUUGCAUAUCAAAUGGAAAAACAUUCCAAAAUGAAAUUCCAGUUUACUUUUCACCCAAUGCUCCUUCACCAUGGGCAUCUGCAACUGGAGAUCCACACUUUGCACAAAAUGUUGUUGACAAAUCAACUAUUAGAAUAAAGAUUUUUGGCCAACUGAAAGAUGAUUACUAUAUGCAUAAAAUUGUCAUUCAAUCUCCAUCUGCCAACAUCACAGUAUCAUUAAAGGAUAUUCAUCUUGGCCAAAAAGAUACCAUUCAAUGGAAUGAAAACUCAAAGCAAAUGACUUUGCAAACUAAUCAAUUGAAAUGUGAAAUUGUAAAUGGGAAAAAGAUUAUUUUCACUGAAUUAAAGUCAUUAAAUGCAAUUGCUGUUGAGAAAUCUAAGCAUUUUUUAGGGGAAAUGCACCUGGAUGUAGGCUUUAGGCUUAUGCCUGAAGAUUACAAUGAAAUGAGUGGACUAAUUGGAGAUAUUGGCCAGAAAAAAUUUAAAUUCUUCACAGCAGUUCAAAUUGGAGAAGAUAGUUUAAACAAUGAAAUGGUUUCUAUUCAAGUUGACAACAAAUUUUUGAGAGGAAGUGUUGUACAAAGAAAUAAAAAGUCUUGUUGGUUGCUUGAUGUAAAUGACAUUUUGAAACCUUUGAAAACAACUGACUAUCUUUUCAAAAGAAUUGAUUAA